UUAUCCGCUCUCGGACUGUGCCUACUCCGCUCCUCCUCAGCUCAGCUCAGCUCAGCUCGCUCCCCCCAAACUGCCACGCCAUGGAGGCGGUCGCCGCCCUCGACGCCCGCGCCCUCUUCUCCCCUCCAACUGCCCUCCCCUCCUCCCGCCUCCGUCUCGCCGCCCGCCCGCGCGCGGUCGCCGCCUCCCCCGCCUCCGUCGCCGCCACCCCCAAGCAGCGCUUCCUGACCCCCCACCCGGACCCCGCCGGUGGCCGCGGCGCUAGGGAUGUCGUCGCGAUGGUUAUCCCGUUCCUGAGGGGAACAGCAUUUGAGCAGCCGCCGCCGGAUUUGGCCUCGUUCCUUUACAAGAACAGGAUCGUAUACCUGGGUAUGUGCCUCGUGCCGUCGGUGACGGAGCUCAUGCUCGCCGAGUUCCUCUACCUUCAGUACGAGGACGCAGAGAAGCCCAUCUACAUGUACAUCAACUCCACCGGUACUACCAAGAAUGGCGAGAAAUUGGGUUACGAGACGGAAGCUUUUGCUGUAUAUGAUGCCAUGAGGUAUGUCAAAAUUCCAAUUUUCACACUCUGUAUUGGCAAUGCAUGGGGAGAAGCUGCUUUACUCUUGGCUGCUGGUGCUAAAGGUAACCGUGCUGCACUUCCAUCAUCGACGAUAAUGAUGAAGCAGCCAAUUGGUCGAUUUCAAGGUCAGGCGACAGAUGUUGACAUAGCAAGAAAGGAAAUACGAAAUGUGAAGAUAGAAAUGGUUAAGCUGCUGUCAAGACACAUAGGUAAACCAAUGGAAGAGAUUGCCCGAGACAUCAGGCGGCCUAAAUACUUCAGCCCAAGUGAGGCAGUGGAUUACGGUAUCAUCGACAAGGUGCUGCACAAUGUGAAAAGCCAAACAGAUGCCGGCCUCGUGUCCGAAGUCAAGAAAGAAUUAAUUUAACAACGGGGCGUUACACGUAGGCGUAUUUUUGUAGCAAGAUUUGGAUAGGCAAAUGCAAUGCAGAAGUGUUAGUCUGGGGAAUUCUGGUACGGGAUUGCCGUUUUGAUUUCAUGGCUCAUUGAUGCUCUUGUUUC